CCCUAAAACUUCGUUCAAAAAAAAUCCCCAAAUACAAUUAAUAUAUCUAAGACGUUGCCACAAGUUUAUGCUACAACGGCUGUAGCAACAACUUAACGAAUAAUUUUGACAAUCGUACUAAGACGACUUCCGAUAGAAUUUCGUUAGCAUACCUUCUUGUUCACUUGCAACCGUUGUACUGGUAAGACUACGAAAAUAAAUCCCCUUAAAUCAAUCCAAUCCUAAUUCGUUUCAAUUUUCCUAUUUCUUGUCUUCCAUAUUGCACUGGAGCAACCAAGUCUCAUCUACUCUAACCAUUUGAGAUUUUGAAUUGUUUUCGGCUCAUGUGAUGUCUCAUUUCUCCUCCAAGUAGACUUCAGCUGUUCCAUCUCAUCAGUUGGUCCUUUCGAACCGGAUAGCUACGUAUAUUUGGAGACAUUUGCUCUUGGGAGACACUCACUGGGAUUUCCUACUCCAAUCCAAAUCUCUACACUACUCAUCAUCUCAACAGUUCAUUAUGCGCAAUAACGGAAAGAAAAAUAAACAAGAUAAGUUCAAAGGAAAUCGACAGUUUAUGUGCAGAAUCUGCCGCCAUCCACAUGCUCUAAGAAAAUGCCGACGUUUCCUUGGCCUUAAUAUAACGCAAAGAAGAGACAUCGUGAAGAAAUAUGGUUAUUGUGAAAAUUGUUUGGCUCACAGCCACUCAGAUGGGGCCUGCUUCACGAAGACCGGUUGCAGGAUUUGCCAUAAAAACCACCACACUCUUCUUCAUGCUCAUCCUAGAAUUCAGGCCAGAAAACCUUUACCAGAUACGCCUACUACAAAGCCGUCCACAUCUAAGAUGGCUUGCGACACGCAGGCAAAAGGCACCUCGCAAUCCUCCACAUCUACCAAUGAGACAUCUUUGACAUCCAUACUCAAACAAGAUGCUAUUACGCUGCUACCAACCAUCAUUGCCAAGGUCGAUACGAAAAACGGAAGAAGCAUUGUGAGAUGUUUAUUGGAUUCUGGUGCAAGAACAAGCUGUAUCUCUUCAAAAACUGUAGAUAAGCUUAAUUUGAUGACACUAGCACUAGAUGAAGAAACCAUUUGUCCAAUAACGUUGUUAUCCAUUCACGACGAAAAUGUGAGCAUCAAAACAGUCCUCAAAAUGACCAAUAGAGUGACCAUAUCCACCCCAAGUAACUCCAUAUCCAAAUCCAUAAGACAGAAAUUCCAUAACUUCAUAUUGGCUGAUGUUGAAUUCUUCAAACCAGCUCCAAUAGACAUCAUAUUCGGUGUCGACAUAUACGCCAAAAUAUUAAGCGAAGGAAUUCUUUGUCGGUCGGGACUCCCAACGGCACAGAAUACCAUCUUUGGGUGGUCUAUCUAUGGUCUUUGCUCCAAAUAAUUUCCUAUGAAUUUCUAUCCGAUACGCCAAUUUAUCCAAAUAUUACACAUUUUUCGCACUAUCAUUGGAAGU